GAACUACUUACGGCUGUCUUUAGUGGAAUUCAAACUAGGAUCUUAUGAUUAUCAUACUCAUCACUAAGAUUAUGCACAAAAUUUCUUGUCACAUCCAUGCACCAUUUCCAUUUAUUAUGUUGGUACGUAGGCCUAUUAUAGCCCUAUAACUUGCGUUGCUUAAGUACCUUAAAUAAGUUAAUCCUUCGAAGUUUUAAAAUUUAAUUUUAUUACUUCUUCACUUUUUAUCAACUUGCUCAAAUUACUUUCUUAGGUACUUUCGUGAAUUUCCCAUUUCAUUUCAUGCGAUUUUAUUUAAUGACAACUAAAAACGGCUACAACUUCCAUUUAGUCAGAAAUUCAGUGUCCCCCCCUCAUUUUUAGAUAUAUCUGUCAAAUGAUCGAGUACUGAAACUCAAUGCCAAGAUAAAGUUUUUGCAGAAUAUUUUGAAAGACAGCUCCCUGGAUCACACGACAAAACCUCUUUAUUAUCUCUUUCGUGAAACAUGGUAAAUGGAAGCUGAAACGUCAGUAACUCAUUUGGGAUGGAAUCAGAUUGAUGACCUUCCGGACGGAGUCUUCGAACAACAACAAAUGCUCAUUCGUCUAUUCUUGACAAAUAACAAACUGACGUUUAUUCGAGCCGGCGCUCUGAAGGAUCUGACGCAUCUUAAAUGGCUGGUUCUUCAGGACAAUAACAUUGUGGACAUUGACAUGGAAGCUCUCACGUAUCUCAAUCUUACGUGGCUUGAUAUAACUAGAAACCGCCUAACGCUUGAAGGAAAAUAUUUUCCAGAACUUCCUCAACUCAAACAAUUAAUCCUUGACGAAAACGCCAUUGAGGAAAUCGGCGAAAACACAUUUGCGAAUCUCAGAGCUCUACAAAGUCUGGAUCUAAAUAAGAACCGUAUAAGACACAUCCAUCCUAAUGCGUUCAGAAAUCUGCAUUGCCUCGAAGAACUGGACAUCGCUAACAAUCAGAUCCAAACUCUGGCCCCUACGGUGUUCCACAACUUGACAGCUAUCAUGAAACUGUCUCUUACGGACAACCCGCUCCGAUCCAUCCCGACCGAGCUGUUCAGCACAGCGAAGCAUCUGAAAUCUUUGCAACUUGGAAACAUUGUAAUAGACAACAUCGCCAUAGAAAUGUUCUCUCAUCUCACUGCAUUAGAGUUUGUGUACUUUGACAAGUUCUACUAUUGCACAUAUGCACCCGCUGUCAGAAUUUGCAGACCGAACACGGAUGGAGUAUCAUCACUAAAACACCUUCUGGUGAAGCCGAUCCUCAGAGCGACGGUCUGGAUGGUGGCUGCAGUCACGUGUGUGGGGAAUGGGAUGGUGCUCUGGGGCAGGUUCUCUUCUCGAGAUGAGAAUAAAGUUCACAGUCUGGUGAUCAGAAACCUGGCAGUUUCAGAUUUGUUAAUGGGAAUUUAUCUGCUGGUGAUUGGGACUCAAGACUCCCAAUUCCGAGGCAUCUAUCACAAAGAGGCACACAAUUGGAUGACUUCUUGGAGGUGCACUAUCAUCGGUAUGGUUGCCAUGACGUCAUCAGAAGUGUCAGUACUGAUAUUGGUAUUCCUGUCCAUGGAGAGAUUCUUGCUGAUUGCCGUUCCUUUAGGUGGGCACCAGAACAUGUCCAUGAAGACAACGUGUCUCAGUCUGUCAGUAAUCUGGACAGCGGGGCUCAGCUUUGCUUCUAUACCAGUCCUGUACUGGAAGAACAGCACGCGCUUCUACGGAACGAAUGGCAUGUGCUUCCCUCUUCACAUAGACGACCCUUUUUUCAUGGGCUGGCAGUAUUCGGCUUUCAUCUUCCUGGGAGUCAAUUUUUCUGGACUGGUGCUCAUAGCGAUUCUAUACACGUGGAUGUUCGUAAGUAUCUACAGGACGCGCCAAGCCACUCCGAUCUCUUCUGUUGGAGAUUUUGAAUUCGUCAUCAGAUUCUUCUUCAUUGUUCUGACCGACGCUGGCUGUUGGGCUCCCAUCAUAGUUCUGAAGCUGAUUGCAUUGAACAGAGUCCACAUUCCAGCUGACUUGUACGCAUGGGUGGUAUUAUUCAUUCUACCGGUAAACUCGGCUGUCAAUCCUCUGCUCUACACCUUCACGACUUCCAAAUACCGCGUGCAGCUCUUCAACUUCGAAUGGAAUCGAGUAUCGCAGAGAAGGCUGGUGUCCCAGAGGCAGUCCACUGCAGAUACAGGAUGUUCUUACAUGUCGUCGAAUCGCGUCAUGGUACAGAACAAGAACGGGGACAACAACCUAUUCUCCUUGGCGCCGCUGAUAAAUGGUGGCAGUCAGCUCCAGCCCGGCGCCACCAAAGGCAUUUAAGUGUUGCGGGUAACUGACAACGUUUAACGCUCUGCCCGCGUUAUGCACAGAAACUUGUCUGUGGUGAAAUUUCUCUUGUGAUGUCGACAGUUAUGACUGACACCCCAUGUAUGUAUCAUGGUUUGAAAAAUUAUUCAUACAAAGUCCAAAGAUUAACUGAAGUUUAAUUUGUCAGCCCUAAAAGUUUUAUUUUUAUUAGUAUUUACCUUUUGAUUCUGGACAAUGCGGAAAUUAUUUGUUGUCGUUCGAUCGUCUGUGAAUAUAGCCGUCUAUAAAAAAAAUAAAUGUCAAUACGCGAUGUGUGCUCUUAAAUCGUAUUAAUUUAUUUCGAAGUUAUGUAGUCUGCUUCUACGUACGUUUUCAAACUAUUUAGCUUUCCUUUUUGGCGGCACUACUGUUGUUAUAAAUAAAGUAGUUGGAACUGUACUCCCAACAUAUCAACAUCAAAAUAAAGAAAUUAUAAAAUUUA